CGUCGCUCAGUCGGUCCGUCGUCAAAGGCAUGAGAAAUUCGCCUGGACAGAAGUUGGGUGAUGCGUUUGCGAGACUGCAAAGAGAAUGGGAAUGUUGCUUUCUUCUUGUUGGCAUUAAUCGCCUUCGUAUGCUUCAACUGCGACGUGGUACGUGGAAUGACGAGGGAGCGGCGUCUGCAAUUACGUGACGAAGCAAGAUCAGACUUCUUCCAUGGCUUCGAUGGGUACAUGACCCAUGCCUUUCCCGCCGACGAACUCAACCCAAUAACAUGCUCCCCGCGCGGACGUAACCUCCGAGACCCGAACGACCUCGGCGUAAACGACGUCUGUGGAGGCUUUUCCCUGACAUUGAUUGACUCGCUACCGACGCUGGCGCUGAUGAAUCGGACGAGGUUUGAGGAAGGGGUGAGGGGAGUCCUCGACUCCUUGGGCGAAGAAGGGUUCGAUCUGGAUGUGCGGGUGCAAGUCUUCGAAGUCACGAUUCGAGUGUUGGGAGGAUUACUCUCGGCACAUCAAGAAGCACAAGGAUUGGAUUGGUACAACAACGAACUCCUCCACCUCGCGCACGACCUCGGCACACGCCUCCUCCCCGCCUUCGAAACACCAACCGGAAUCCCCUGGCCCCGGAUCAACCUCCGCAACGGCCUCGCACUCCACCCAUCCGAAAAAGAAAGAUCGACAAACAACGCCGCAGGCGCCGGCUCGCUCAUCCUCGAAUUCACCCUCUUGUCCCGCUUAACCGGCGAUGAGCGAUUCGAAUCCGUCGCCCGCCGCGCGUUCUUCGCAGUCUGGGAUCGCCGAAUCCGAACACGCCGAGGCUCAGGACUGGGUGUGGUGGGUAAUGAAAUCGAUGCUUGGACGGGUGAGUGGGGGAGUUAUAUCACGGGCUUGGGCGCGGGGGUUGAUUCCUUCUACGAAUACGCCGUUAAAGCACACAUCCUCACCGGUGACGAAGCAUAUCUCCGAGUCUGGGACGAGUCGUACGCAGCCCUGCGUCUGUAUUCCGCAGAUAGUGGCGGAUGGGUCUGGAAGAAUUUUCAUGUUGUGCAUGGGUGGGUAGCGACCUUCUGGAUCGACUCGCUCGCUGCGUACUUCCCGGGCCUGCUAACCCUCGUCGGCGAGGUGAAGGCCGCGGAAAAGAUGUGGUUGGUGUAUUGGGGACUGUUGCGACGGUAUGCGGCAAUCCCGGAACGUUGGGAUUGGAGACGGAGGGAGGUUGAGGUUCAGGUUGGGCAUUAUCCGUUACGGCCGGAGUUUGUGGAGUCCACGUAUCAUUUGUGGAGGGCGACGGGAGAUGAGUAUUAUCUUUCCGUAGGAGAAGUGAUCAUGAGAGACUUGGAGCGGAGGUGUAAGACAAGGUGUGGGUGGGCUGGGCUACAACGCGUGGAGGACAACAUCGCCGGCGGGAAGGGAAGGGAAGCAAAUUGGCAGGAUCGGAUGGAGAGUUUUGCACUGAGUGAAACAUGGAAAUACCUAUUCCUCAUGUUCGACGAGAAGAAUCCAUUGCAUAAGGGAGAUGCGCCGGACAUCACAUCUACAUUCCCUCUCACCUUCGACAAGUGA